UUUUUAAUUAAUUAAAGUUCUCAUUUUGAGUAUACAUAUAAAUAGUGAGAAGAUUUGUGUAAUUGGGUUUUGUUUGUUUUAAAAGAAAAAUUAAAUAAAAAAGGCCAUGUGGGGAGCAAGAUGUGGUGCACAUGGAUUUAGCCAAUUCCAAAGCCUUUGAGGUUUUGAUAGAAAACAAUUGAUAUUAAUGGGAAACAAGACCUUUGCUUUUCUCAAGAGAAUCAUCACUUGCAGAUAAGAACAAGGUGUUUGGAAGCUGAGAAAACACAAGAAAAAAAAAAGGACCCUUUUCAAAAGUCUCAUUUCAAUCAAUAGACUUCUUCAUUGGUAAUCUUGGAUCAACAAAACUCACAAAAAUAAAAAGGUAAAGGUUAGACCUUUUUUGUGCUACAAAAAAAAGUCUCUUUUUGGCUCACACUUAAAAAUCAAACCUUUACACCUUCUUCUAUACUAAAAAUCCAAUCUUUAUUUCUUUCUUAUGGAGAAAACACCAAAAAAUCACUUCUUUAACUCAAUACUAUAUCUAAUACUAGUCCUUUUUCCUUCACUAUGUUUAGCUUGGUUUCUAGGGUUUGGACUAAUAAUAACUCCAAUCCUCAUAACCUUUCCAAUUUUGAUUCUCUCAACUAUUUUCUUCAUGACCAAAAAAAUCAUGAUCACUUUAGAUGAAAACCCAAGUGGGAUUUCACUAGAAAAAGAGGUUAUAACAAAAACCCAAGUAGUGGAAGAGUUUGAGAAGCUAAAAAGGUAUGAUUUUUAUGAGCCAAGUUUAGAGUCAAUAUCAGAAAAUGGUCAAAUCCAUUAUGAAGAAGAAAGUGAAGGGAGUAGUGUUGACUCAGAAAAAAGUCAAAGUUUUGAGCUCAAUUGGAUUUGUACUUCUUCUUCUUCAACUAAUGUAGAACAAGAUUUUUCAAUCUCAGAUUCUUCUUUCUCAGAUGAAGAUGAUUAUGGUGAAGAAGAAGAUUAUGAUAAUCUUAUUGAGAUUAACUUGCCAGAAAGAGAUUCAAGUGACCUAAAAGAAGUAGAAGAAAAUGAGUCAAAACAAAAAUUGGAGUCAAAACAAGGUCUUAUGGAUCUUUUAGGAGAUAUUAAUGAGAUGAAUGAAGAGGAAAAUCUUAUUGAGAUUGACAUUUCUAUGGGGUCUAUAAAGUGUACAAGGUUUGAGAUUAAGGCAUAAUGUUCUUGAUCAAUUAAUAUAUUUUUCUUCUUUCAUUUUGGC